ACCGCGCCGCCGCAUUCUUUCCGUCAGCCAUUUUAGAUCGGAAUCAGCGAGGCGGCGCCAUUAAAGUGCGAGAAAGGAGGAAAUAAGCGGGAGCCCGAUCUUCCUCGUAGCCGGAGCCUCGGCCCCUGUGGAUCCCGCCUUUCCCCUACGGCGGCAUAUAUUUACCCCCCUUGAGAUCGGCCACCCGAGUCUCUACAGCGGCCCCCAUGUCGGACGACCAGUUUGCCGGAGAUGAAGCGGUGGUGGAGGCUUCGGAGGAGGCUGAGCAGCUCGAAGGGAUCGUGGCUCCCCGCGGCAGCGGCGCCGAAGGGGGCGGGGGGGGGGGAGGGGGAGGAGGAGGGGGCGGCGGCGGCGGCUCGGGCGAAUCGGAGGGAGCCAAAAUCGACGCGAGCAAGAACGAGGAGGAUGAAGGAAAAAUGUUCAUCGGAGGCCUUAGCUGGGAUACUACAAAGAAGGAUCUUAAGGAUUACUUCACAAAAUUUGGUGAAGUUGUAGAUUGCACCCUGAAGUUAGACCCUAUCACAGGGCGGUCAAGAGGCUUUGGUUUUGUGCUGUUCAAAGAAUCUGAGAGUGUGGACAAGGUCAUGGAUCAGAAAGAGCACAAACUGAAUGGCAAAGUGAUUGAUCCCAAAAGAGCUAAAGCAAUGAAAACAAAAGAGCCAGUGAAAAAGAUUUUUGUGGGUGGCUUGUCUCCAGAUACACCAGAAGAGAAAAUAAGGGAGUAUUUUGGAGGUUUUGGUGAGGUGGAAUCAAUAGAACUUCCUAUGGACAACAAAACCAAUAAGCGCCGAGGAUUUUGCUUCAUUACUUUCAAAGAUGAAGAACCAGUGAAGAAAAUCAUGGAGAAAAAAUAUCAUAACGUUGGUCUUAGUAAAUGUGAAAUAAAAGUAGCAAUGUCAAAAGAGCAGUAUCAGCAGCAACAGCAGUGGGGAACUCGAGGGGGAUUUGCUGGAAGAGCCCGUGGCCGAGGUGGAGGCCCCAGUCAAAGCUGGAACCCAGGAUACAGUAAUUAUUGGAAUCAGGGGUAUGGCAACUAUGGAUACAACAGUCAAGGUUAUGGAGGCUAUGGAGGAUAUGACUACACUGGCUACAAUAACUAUUAUGGAUAUGGAGAUUAUAGUAAUCAGCAGAGUGGUUAUGGGAAGGUAUCUCGGCGAGGAGGCCAUCAAAAUAGCUACAAACCGUACUAAAUUAUUCCAUUUGCAGCCUAUAACAGACAGGUAUGUUCUGCAUUUGCAAAGCUGCAUUCUAACUUUGUAAUUAAUAGUAGCUUUCAAAAACAUUGUGUAAGAUACUGUAAUAAUGUUUUAAAAUUUUACAGCACCCAGAAGUGCUUACCGUAAUAUAACAUAAUGACUUUGAAGAUAAGUAACACAGGUCCUCUUAAGCUUUUACCUUUUGCCCUAUAUAUUAACAAGUCAAUAAAGUUAACAGGUAAAGUACUGCUAAUGGGUACAAAUUAAGGAAUUGCAGCGAAAUAGUAUUGCCUACUAACUCUGAUAUUAUACCUUGUUUGUACCCGCCAGCGGGAACUUCCUUGCAGGCCCUGUGUCGCGCUGACUUCCCGAUUCUCACAGGCCCGCUCAAUGCGGACAGGGUACGAGAUGCUCACGCUCUCGAAUGCUGCCGUUUGGUAUGGUCUCUUCCAACAUCCUGUAUCAGCAUUAUAAUAAAAUGGAUACUUCAAGCUUUGCCUUCACUUAUUUCUUUGCUUGUAAAACAAACUACUUGUAAUAUAAUUUUAAUGCAUUUUUUACAGGCCCAGUAAUGGUUAAAUACGUCAGCUUACUGAAUAAUUUUAACUGUUUGUUCUUCUAAGGAUACAGCUUGUCUCUGGAUUUUCCAGUAUUAAUUUUAUAUUUUAUUAAUCUAUUUUAAUGCUUGCUUUUCCCAUUUUUAUAGACACUGUGUAGCAGUAAUUGCAAGAUGUUCUUGAGCUGAAGUCCUGUUGUGACAACUUCUCUUAACUUUUCAAUAUAUACCUAUAUAUACAUACACACACCCCUAUUUACUACUUAUAGUAGACUGUUAACUCUUUCUCCUUAUUGCAUUUCUUUUAAUGGACAAGUAGUACUGUUUAGCUGGCCAGCAUAACUCUUUAACAAUGGUCUUGGGCCAAAAUAGUCACUGACCACACUACUACUAACUAGUGGUGGUUGAGCAUUAAGGGUUUUUGGAGAUGCUUUACGGCAUUUUGUGAAAUAAAUAUUUCUUGAGUAAUUUCAGAUGUGGAAAGAUCCUUUUUCAAACAGUGGUGCACAUGUGGAUUUCCAGCUCAUGGACUCUCCUGUUCAGCUUUAAUAUAAAAAGCAUAUUUGAUUAAUGUUGAUACAAUAUUUACAUAGUGGGAAAUAGGGCUAUCUAAACACUUUCUGUAAACUUUGGCUGCAGUUGUUGGUCUUCACAAACUGACUUUCUUUUUCUUUCUCUCUAGGUGGACAAGCAGUAUUCUCAUUGGAAGAUUCAUUUUGAGGUGGCUCAUGCUGCCUGCUAACUGCAGUCAAACUAAACAUUUUUGUAUCAAGUCACUGAAUUGAAAGUAAGAUGUUGGUCCCUCUGACGUUUGAUUGCACUCUCAUUGCAACAGAAUUGUUUCACCGUCUUAUUUUUUAAUUGCUAUGCUUAAGAAUCAAUUUGAUUUAUGCCCCACUCCCAUUUUGUUCCCAAGUAUUGUAGAGCAAGUCUUGUGUUUAAAAACCCAGUGUGACAGUGUCAUGAUGUAGUAGUGUCUUACUGGUUUUUUAAUAAAUCUUUUUGUAUAAA